AUGUCGAACGCAGGAGAUUCAAUGCUCCUUCGCUUUCCAUUCUCCAUGCUCGUUCCUCGAGCGAAUAUUUCCUAUUAUACCGUUCCACUUGCCUGGCUCCUGAGCUUCUCGCCACAUAUCUACGCCGUGGUCCGCUACAGCACACACGGCCAGUCUGCUGGUUCUGCUGAAGAAGCUCCGAAAUUCAACCAGACCUCGCCGCGGACGUUCCCCGCCACCCUCGAAGCGAACCCGCAUCUGUCUCGGGAGACCAAGGACCAUAUCUUCCGCGCGGAAGCCGCGUCGCUCAAUGGCUUCGAGAACCUGGGCUGGUUUGCCGCAAGUGUGGUGGCUGCGAAUAGCGCGGGCGUGGACGUCGCUUGGGUGAAUGCGCUGAGUUUGUGGUAUCUCUUAAAUCGCGCCGUGUUCAAUCUCGUGUAUAUCCGCGGCGUCGAUGGGAAGGUUAGGGGGAUGUGGUUCUACGGAAGCAUUGCGUGA